AUGGCAGCUACGGCUAUUCAACAGGAUGAAGCAACUUAUUUUAAGUAUGAAGAUUUGAUUUCUCGAGUUCAAACAAUUCAAAAUCAAGUUAAAACUAUGGAAAGUAUAUUGGAAAAUCGAUGGAAUAACAAAAAGACAGCUAAUAAUGCAAUCAAAUCACGCUCAUUAACUUUUAUCGAUCCUUAUGGAAAUUCAAUCACAAAUAAGUAUAUGGAUCAUGAAAUGAUCGGUGACGCAAUCAAAAAAUUUAAGAAAACUUACAUACCAAAAUAUUUACAGAAAUGGAUACAAAGUGGUAUUCAUGAUGAACAAGGCUUAAGACAAUUAGACGAUAAUAAACGACUAUCAACUGUGUCUGAUUACGUUGAUGGUUUUCAACUGGUUUCAUUUGGUCAGGUAGAUGUAUGGAUCGGAAAUUAUCUUGAGGUAACGACGCGACAUCUUAAGCUAAACGUAUAUGUGAAUGAUAAAAUAGAAAAAAUUAAAAUGAAAAUACUUGAACAAUUCAGAUUUACUGAGAUAGAACUAAAAUCAUGUACAAUAAAUGAAUUCAAUCAAUCGCAAACAAAUGCUUGGAACGAAGGUACUAACCUUGAAUUAUCUGAUACUAUUCUGUCAAAUCAUUUGUACGAGACUGAACGUAUAGUCAUGGCAAAAGUGAGAAUAAGUGAAGUAAGCUAUUCAUAA